GUGCAAAGUUCGUUGUUCUCAUUUUCACUUUCUUCUUUUACUUGCUAACUUGUCGAGUGUGCAGGCCGUCAGCGCGGGUUAGAGUCACCGUGUGUACAAACGACAGAAAGGGUGGUGCGAAAAUACCGGGUUUUUUUUGUUCUUCUUCUCUUGACGGACUCACCGUUGCAGCCAAUACGGGACUUCAUUCCGAGGUGUAGAGUGAGUACGCUGAGUGUUUACUUUCCUUUGUCUUCGUCUGUCAAGAAUCUGUUUGACCAAGGCGAGCUUGGAACGCUGAGGCGAAGUCGUGGCGGGUGUUGCUGCUCCUCUUUCGUUAUUUCAAUCUUUUUUUCACUCAGCUCCAUCUUGCGGGUGCCACGGAGGAAGAGUGGGUGGUGUGGUUUUCUCGUUGCCGUGUUUUCUGUAUAGCUCUUCUGUUCUUCUUUGAAAUAAACCCCCUUCCUUUCUUUACGAUCUGCUCUUCGUUGUGUGCGUGAGACGACGCACACACACACUCGGAUGUCAGGUCUUAUCUCUGUAGAGUCGCAGCUCGCCAGCACCGCGCAGCGCCACUUCCAGCUGCGAUUUGGCAAUGUACAGGCUCGCCGCGGCGAUGGCUGGCUUCUCCUCGCCUUCUCCCCGCUCGGUGCGGACAGCAAGAUUGAAGUGGAGGUGCAGUCGCUGUGCAACGUGCUGGUGCGGGAUGUGACAAACAGUCGCACUGCCUCGGUGCACCUCUCUGGCGAUGAGCUGGAAACACAGUUUGGAAAGCUGGCCGACAAGAGUGUCUCCUUCGCAAAGCUGCUGCGCGACUCCGGCGUCUCCCUCGGUGUGGACGGCGGGGGAAAGGGCAGCGCCGCCGCUGGGGGGCUGGACGGCAUCCCACACACGCCGGGGGUGGCGGAGAUGAUGGAGGUGCUGUACCACGACGUGGUGGCGGAGCAGAAGCACGGCGCCCUCGCCAUCGUCAACUUCCCCUCGUUGUUGUGUCCACACGGCACGCGCUGCGACGUGCAGGUGAAAGGCACCAUUUGCAUCAAAGCCUUCUCCAGCACCACGUCGUCGAUUGUCGCAGACUCGGAACUGGAGAUGGCAGUGGACGGCACCAACGUCGACGCCGCGGACGGCGCGAACGUCAGCGAGGACGGCGACGCAAAGAGCGGCGAGAACAACAUAGAUGAAGGAGACGACGGCGCCUCGAAGAACGGAACCAGCAAGCCCGAUCGCGCGAGUCCUUCGAAGUCGGCCGCGAAAACGCUGUGCAACGGUGCAGGCUUCGCGGAGCACUUGAGCUUGGAGGGCUCGAUUUUGCAGAAUUCGUACAGCGUGUUGAAGCUGCCGGAGGGCGAUUUGGCGAAGGUGUGGAUCGACACCCGCACCUGGGCCCAGGCGCUCGCGCUGAACGCGGAGAGCGCCGUCGACUCCGCCCUUCCCGCGGCGUGGCGCUCGAAGGCCUUCAACCUUGCCGAGGCGGCGGAGGUGCUGCGCAGGGUGCACCGCACGCUGGCGGACUACUGGAAUGAGAACCGUGCCGCCAACGCCGACCGGGUGAAGGUCAACACGCUGUCGCUGCUCAGCACCGUCUCCGGCGAUCUGCGCGAGUACCUGCGCAGUCAGAUUGAGCUGUAUAGCCCGGACUGGCGUGCACCGUGGCGCAUGCAGCUGGGAGAGCUGAGAAUGUCCGUCGCGCUGUGCAAGCAGUGGAACCAGAUUGUCGCACACCUCGUGAAACAUGACUGGGUCGGUUGGGAGAGCGGCAUGUACCACGACGAGAGCUUUGACAUGUUGGCGCAGCGACUGCACCAGGUCCUGCGCAUUCGCGACACCCUCGCCAGUGUGACGGUGCUGCAGGAGAAGAUACCGGACGGACUGCAGCCGGAGGUGAUCUUUGACGGCGUCAGCGCGGUCGAUCUGCGCACCGUGUCGUCCGCCACGUGGGAGUCGCGUGUAGCGACCUUUGAGCACGAAUGCUCCUUUAUGGAGCCGAAGCUGCGAAGUCGGGUUAAGCACCUCUUUCAGAGCCCGGUGACCGACACCGAGCUCCGCACGCUCCAGCAGCACAGCGCGCUCCUGCGCCGCGAAGGCGUUCGCACCGCUGUCGCACGCGAACUCGACGGCGUCGCCGCGUACCUCAAGGAGCAGUUGGACCGCAUCUUUGGGCGGUUUGAGAACAACAGCAAGCGCGCAUCCACCCCGCUUCAAAAGCUCCGCGCCGCUCGCGGCUGCGUGGCGGAGUGUGUGAUGGUGCCCGACGACGCCGGCAAGCUGUUCGGCUCCACGAGCCCUUUGCUGACCGACAUCACGAGCCAUGCACACGACCUGAUUGCGAAGGCGACGAAGGAGGAAACCGCAACAAUGGAGCUGUGGUGCUCGUCCAUUGAGCUGACAGCCCGCAAGGUGUUGGACCUGCAGGACGCCGUGGUGGUGGCCAAGGUGGAGGACCACAACGACGAACGAUACGCCUACCUCCUCACCUGCGCCGUCCAUCCCUCGCUGCGUAAGUUCAUGCAAGAGGUGCGAAACGUGCGUGCGUGGUUGAGCGACGCGGCCGCUUUUGAGCAGCAGCAGCAACAGCAGCAAGGUGGCAUGUUGGGUGAAGGUGGACGCAGCAGCACGGGGACGAGCGCUGGCACCGCUGGCACCGCCCCCUCUUCCCCCUCGGCCGCGUGGUGGCGGCUGAGCAGCUCAACGGAAAGCGCGAUCACCGCAUGCGAGCACCUUGUCCUGGCGGCGAUGCAGACCCAGCAGUGCGUGGCGAACCACAACACUGCCGUGUCCCAAAUCCUUCCGUGCACCCGUGCGAUGCUGACGUCUGCGAUUGAGCGGAGCAUGUCUCAGGUCCUCUACGCCGAUACGCCGCGGCGCACCGUCACGGCGGCCAACUAUCAAGAACUGGAGGGCGUCAACCUGCGUUUUCAGAACUCGAUCGAGGCGCUGAGCAGCGCGAACCGACAAGUCCGCCGCUUCCACGAGGAGUUCGGGACGCAGGUGAUGAACCUCAUGAAGGUGGACCUCACCACCCACAUGGAGGAGUGGCGCACGCGGGUGGACGACAUGCGCAGUCGCCUGGACGAGUUUCUCGCCACCCAGCACCUGUCUAACUACGACGAGUGGCGGCGGCACUGGGAUUGUCAGAUUUACAAGGCGUUGGAGUAUCAGUACCGUCGUGGGCUGGAGAGCUUGCAUGAGGAGAUGUCUGAGUUUAAGGUGGAGCUCGUCCUCAAGCAAGGCGCAGUGAACUUCAAGCCCAGCUUUGAGGCGAUUCGCGAGGCCUACUACGUGAAGCUGCGCGAGUUUGUCAGCGUGCCGCUGCGCUUCCGUGGGUUGCAGCCGAAGCGGCAGGAUGCGAGCUCCGCCUACGAGAUUUAUCCUCUGAUGCCGCUGACCAACAACGACCGCAUCGUCACGGUGCAUACCAAGGCCAUCGAACUCUUCGCGAAGCUGAACCGCGUGCGCAAGGCUUUUCGCUCCCACAUUGUCGUGAGUAUGUGCGGCCUCAACGGCUCGCCGGACCUCGACUCCGUGGUGGAGGCGUGGAUGGCGAAGAUGGACGGCCGCUUCGACGGGGGCUUCCGCACCGUAGAGGAGCACCGUGAAAAGAUGGGGAAGAUCGAGGAUGUCAUGAAGAUCGGCUGCUUCGCCAUCAGCACGGUGCCGGUCCGGGCGAGCAUUGAGGAACACCUGCACCGCCUCGAGGAUGCCCUCCUGAACGGCAUGCGCAAGCACAUCCAGUCCGCCGUGAAUGAAAUAGACGACUUUGUCUUCCGUGUAUCGAACUUGGUGGAGCGGCAGCCGACGACGAUGGACGAGGUGGGCGAGGCGAACAGGCGCUACAACGAGUCGCUGGAGCAGAUGAGCGUCUACGAGAAGAAGCUGGACGGCGUGCUGGAGGAGAACAAAGAGCUGCGCAAUCACGUCGGCACGUCCAUCGAACUCGGCGCGACGCGUGUGCGGUGGGACCACCUGAAGGAUGCCAUGACCUCGCACACCAAGGUGAUGGCCGCCGCGGUGUCGAAGAUGCGGGUCUCGCUGAACGGGUUAAUUCAGCGCUUUUUGAAGGAUGAGCAGCGGUUCGGCGAUGGAUGGAAGCGGCAGAAGUCGCAGCUGAUGCGGGCCUUUGGGGAGAAGGACACAAAGCUGAUCCACAAGCUGCUGCCGGCGAUGAAGGAUCAGCUGAACGACUUGGACGACCUGGACGCACAGGCGAAGGAGCUCGAGUCGAAGUGCGAGUUCUUUGGCCAAGUGAAACCCGUUUUCAGCGUGCUGCUGGACACGAAACGAGAUGCGACGGAGACGAGUGCGAUGUGGGGUCUUUACGACACCUUCGAAGAACAACUCGAGAAGCUGCGCAACGAGGACUGGCUGACCUUCCGCUCCCACACCUUUCAGUUUGAGGACUUCUGCAAGGAAUGGCGUACCACCCUCACCGCGAGGCUCGCCGGGUCGAAGGCGGCGGCGGCGGAUGAGAAGGGCAAGUCGUCUUCGUCCAAGGCCGGCAAGCAGGCCGCGGCAGAGAAUCCCAUUGCCUCCUACCUCCUGAACAUGGUCCAGGACUGGGUGGAGGUUGCACCGCUGCUGAAGUUCGUGCGUGGCGAUGGGUGGAUGACGGAGCACUGGAACGAGAUGUUCCGCCUGCUCGACAUUCCAAAAGGGACGACGAGCACGAACCUCCACUUUGGCAUGAUGUUAGACCACUACCAAAACUUGCUGGCGAAGGAGGACGAGCUGAAGCAGCUUCACGCCCGUGCGCAGGGUGAGAUUCAGCUUCGCGAAGCCUUGCAGGACAUGCGCACGUGGGCGCUCGAGGCGUUUUUCACGUUGACGCCGCCGACAGAGAGCGCCAGCAAGGUGCGCCUCAUCACAGACUGGAAGGAGAUCAUGACGCAGGUCAGCGACAAUCAGGCCUUGGUGAACUCACUCAAAGACAGCCCCUUCUUUGCUCACUUCGCCGAUGAGGCGGCUGGCUGGGAGGCAAAGCUGGUCUCCCUUUCACUCAGUCUGACGUUGCUGAACAGCAUUCAGCGCAAGUGGGCGUACUUAGAGCCGAUCUUUGCCCGCGGUGCCCUACCACACGAGCAGGCGCGCUUCAAACGAGUCGACAAGGAGUUUGUCACCAUCCUGCGCGAGGUCGAGGCAGACCCGCGAGUCAUGUCGCUUGCAAGCCAGAUGGACGUGAAUGAGCGAUUAAAAGGCGUCUUGGAGCAGAUCGAGCGCUGCCAGAAGUCGUUGAUGGAGUACUUGGAGGCAAAGCGUGGCAAGCAGCCGCGCUUUUACUUUAUCAGCGACGAGGACCUUCUAGAGAUGCUGGGCCACAGCCAGGACCCAUCUGUCAUUCAGGCGCACCUGAAGAAGCUGUUUAUGGGCAUCCACUCCGUCACCUUCAGCCCCGACAACAAAACCCUCACCCACAUGAUCAGCGCCGACCACGAGGAGGUGGCGCUGCGCACCCCCGUCUCGAUCACCAGCAACGACGUGGAGGAUUGGCUGCUCGCCCUCGACGCCAGCAUGCAGGAGACGCUGCACACGCUGCUGGUCAGCUGCGUCGGCCAAACCGACGCGACGACGCAGGACAGCGUCAGCCGUUACCCCUCGCAGGUGUUGCAGGUGGCGCAGGGCAUCCACUUCUCGCGCAAGGUGGAGGAGGCGAUCACGACGCAGUCGCUCAAGAAGGUCCUCGCCGAACUGCGGCAGCGGCUGGACGCCCUCACCGCGAUGACGGCGGAGUUGGGUGCGGUGGACGUGCUGAAGGCGAAGGCGCUGAUUCUCGACACGAUCCACAACAUCGAGGUGGUCGAGCUGUUGAUCACGCGCAACGUGCGCCACGUGGAGGAGUGGUGGUGGAAGAAGCAGCUGCGCUACCGCAUGGGUGACGGCAAGGCGAAGCACCGCUGCACGGUGCACAUGGCGGACACCACCUUCGACUACACCUACGAGUACCAGGGCAACGCCGCGAAGUUGGUGCACACGCCGCUGACGGACAAGUGCUACCUCGUGCUGACGAAAGGCAUGGACCUCGGCUACGGCGGCAACCCCUACGGCCCCGCCGGAACAGGCAAGACGGAGUCGGUCAAGGCGCUGGGCUCCGCCAUGGGCCGUCAGGUGCUCGUCUUCAACUGCGAUGAGGGCAUCGACUUCAAGGCAAUGGGACGCAUUUUUGUAGGCAUUGUGAAGUGCGGCGCGUGGGGCUGCUUCGACGAGUUCAACCGUCUCAAGAUCGACCAGCUUUCCGCCAUUUCGCAGAUGAUUCAAGUCAUUCAGCAGGCUCUGAAGUCGGGCGAGGCCAACUGCUUGCUGCUCGGUAAGGAGGUAAACGUCAAUGCGAACGCCGGCAUCUUCGUGACACUGAACCCGGCCGGCAAGGGCUACGGCGGCCGCACGCGGCUGCCCGACAACCUGAAGCAGCUGUUCCGCGAGGUGGCGAUGAGCGUGCCGGACAACGAGCUCAUCACAUCGACAAUGCUCUUCUCCGAAGGCUUCACGCACGCCAGGGCGCUUGCCACGAACAUCGUCGCACUGUACCGCCUGUGUGGCCAGCUGAUGAGCCGCCAGCAGCAUUACGACUGGGGCCUGCGCCCGCUGAAGGCAGUGCUGCGGUUGGGCGGUACCCUCGUCCAGCGCUGGAAGAAGGCAAACCCGGGCAAGACGCCGACGCAGAACGAUGAGACGGGGUUGGUGCUGCAAUCGCUGAACACGAACACGCUCAGCAAAUUGACCGCCGAUGACGCCCGCGUCUUCCAAGGCCUGCUGCGUGACGUCUUCCCCGGUGUGGAGUCGCGCGAGAUCACCUACGACAAGCUCGAGGCGGCGGUGAGUAGCGCGGUGCAGCUGCUCGGGUUGCAGCCCAUCGCCUCGCAGCAGAAGAAAGUGCUGCAGCUAUACGAGGCCCUGCAGCAGCGCACCGGUGUCGUGCUGGUGGGACCGAGCGGCAGUGGCAAGAGCACCCUCCUGAACAUUCUCCGCAAAGCCUUACAGACGAUGCACGUCAUCGUCCCCCUGCACGUGAUGAACCCCAAAGCCAUGCCGCGCCGGCGACUCCUUGGGUACAUGGACCCCGACACGCGGGAGUGGUACGACGGUGUGCUGACUGCGGCGGCGCGCAGUGUCGUGAAGCAGCCAAAAGAAGCGCGCCCGUGGAUCCUGUGCGACGGCGACAUCGACCCGGAAUGGAUCGAGUCCCUCAACUCUGUUUUGGACGACAACAAGCUGCUGACGAUGCCGAACGGCGUCCGCAUUCAGUUUGGCGCGAACGUCAACUUCAUCUUCGAGACGCACAGCUUGGAGUUCGCCUCGCCUGCCACGGUGUCCCGCAUGGGUGUGCUCUUCUUCUCCGAGAAAGACGUGCAGCUGGAGGCGGUGGUGGAGUCGGCGAUGAAGUGGAAGUCGCUGCAUGUGAAGAACGUGAUCAAACCGCUCAUCCUCAAGUACGUUUUUGCUGCCAUUGACGAGACACAGCGGCUGAACGACUUUACGGUACCCGUCACCCGCAUGGGCCUGCUGCGCACAUCCCUGCUCUACGUGAUGAAUACCAAGAAUGUGCAGGACUUCAUCUACUCCCUCGCACGCGGUCUCGGUGCUUGUCUGAAGCCGGAGUCUGCAACGAAGCUUGCGCGGUGGCUCUACUCCACCAGCGGCCAGCAGCCCUGCUCGGAGGCGCGGCCCUUCGACUCGUACUGGCUGGAGUCGCAGAACCGUGCGUUGGAGUUCACAGCCGAUCUGUCGACGACCGUGACCCCGACGGAGCUCCUCGCCGGUCGGGCACCAGUCGUGCAGACAAUCGAGGUGCAGCGUCUGGUGUCCAUGUUCCAGCCGCUCUUAGAUGACCCGAAGUGCACGCCGAUCUUCGUGGUGGGGCCGGAGGGGUGCGGUAAAGGUGCGCUGCUGGAGCACGUCUUCGCCGCCCGCCCGUCGUUUCGCACCGCAACGAUCAACUGCAGUGCGCAGACGAGCUCGACGCACGUCGUGCAGAAGAUCGAGCAGAUGUGUGUCAUGAUGAACUCGAACGUUGGCCCGAUCUACCGUCCGCGCGAAGGCGAGCGGUUGGUGAUCAUUCUCAAGAACGUGAACUUGCCUAAGGCGGACCGCUACGGCACCGUAGAGCUGCACUCCUUUCUGCAGCAGCUCAUUCUCUACCAGGGCUUCUACAACCAGGAUCUGGAGUGGAUCGGCACAGACCGCGUGCAGAUCGUCGCGAGCAUGAACCCAGCCCCGUCGGCGGGCCGCUACUCUGUCACGCCGCGACUGCUGGCGCUGUCAAGCAUCAUCGGUGUCUCCUACCCGUCCAAAACAAGCCUCCUGCAGGUCUACGCUACCUACUGGUCGCACCUUCUGCGGCAGACAGACAUCGGCCAAGGGAAGGACUAUGAAAAAGGCACCCAGCUGGCGCAGUUCAUGCUGCGGGUGUACGAGAAGGUGCGGCACCAGUUCGAGGGCGAGGAGUACGCACAUUUCUCCUUCUGCCCACGCCACCUCACCAAGUGGGUCACAAACGUGCUGCUGUACCACAUCGACACCCGCACGACGCUGCCGGCGGUGCUGGCGUACGAGGCCAGUCGCAUCUUUGCGGACUGCCUGCCGCGCGCUGAGGACCGUCGCCAAGCGUUGCGCACCUUCGCCGAGCAGCUCGCCGCGAUUGGGUACGCCGUCCCGCCGAAGGAGGACCGCUUUGCGACGAUGUUUGUGACCUGGUUCGACAAGGACGACGCCGCGGCUGCGACGACGAAGAACGACUCGGACACCGCUGACAACACUGCAGUGAUGGAUGGCGGUGACCAAGCGGACGGUGCGGCCGCAUCGCCGCCGGCCGUGAAAGGCACCCGCCGACUGUUGAAGUUGCAACAGAAGAAGUACGACGACGUCCGCGACGAGGUCAAGCGUGUGCUGCUGCGGUACAGCCGUGAGUUCAAAGAGCUUCAUGUUCCCGCCAUCCCGGACAUUCUUUGCUGGGUGACCUAUGUCGACCGCGUCCUUGCGCGACCAGGCGGGCAUUUAGUCUUGGUGGGCAGCACCGGUGUUGGCCGCCGCAGCGCUGUCCUGCUAGCCGCCUAUCAACAGCGCCGCGAGGUGGUGUCGCUCAACAUGACGCAGGAUUACGCGCUGAAGCAGUUCCGGCUGGACCUGCGCGGUCUCAUCCAACGAGCGACCUCGCAGAACACGCCGAUGGUGCUCUUGCUUGAGGAACACAACAUUGUCGACGAGGCCUUCUUAGAAUACAUCAACAGCCUGCUGAGCAGCGGCGAGGUGCCAGGUCUGUUCACGCAGGAGGAGAUGGAGACGAUGUUCUCUGCGAUUCGCGACGACGCCGCCAACGACGGCCAUAUGGGUGCGAUCUACACCUACUUUGUCGAGCGGCUGCAGCGCAACCUCCGCGUGGCACUCUUGAUGGACCCACGGCACGAACUCUUUCUCAUCCGCCUGCAAUCGAACCCCGCCUUGAUCAGCCGCUGCGAGUUGCUGUGGAUGGGUUCUUGGAGUAGCGAGAUGACCAAGACGAUCUGCAAGACGGCGCUGAAGGACGAGAUCGCGGCGCUGGAGGCGAGCCCGGCCAACAAAGGCUUCUCCGUGCAUCGUGAGAUCAACGCCAUGCACGAGGGCAUGGGGGAGCGGUCGACGCCGCACGAUGUGCAGGUGCUCAUCAACACCUUCCGCGCCAUGCUGGCGAGCAAGAGUCACUCGAGCAAGGAGAAGAUGGCGCGCUUCGAGGUCGGUCUGGCGAAACUGAAGGAGGCAGAGGAGAGCGUGGAGAAGGUGAAGGAGGACGUCGCAUACAAGAAGAAGGACGUGGAAAAGAUGCAGAAGGCGGCGGACAAGGCGCUCAACGAAAUCCAGACCAGCAUGCAGGAGUCGCAGGAGCAGCGCGACGAGGCCGCUGCUCUAGAGGAGCAGCUGAAGGCGGAGCAGAAAGAUAUCGCAACCAAUCGCGGCAAGGUGGAGGAGGAGCUGAGCAGCAUCAAGCCGAUGAUGGAGGCCGCCCGCGACGCCGUGAGCUCCAUCCGCAGCGAGCAGCUCAACGAAAUCCGUUCCCUCCCCUCCCCACCGGAGGCUAUUCGAGUGGUGCUGGAGGGCGUCUUGGCGCUGCUGGGCGUCAACGACGUGUCGUGGCAGUCGAUGCGGCAGUUCCUCGGCGAGCGGGGGGCGAAGCAGCGCAUUCUUGACUUUGAGGUGAAUAACGUGACCGCCGACAUCCGCCGCCGCGUCGACAAGCUGCUGCGCGAGCGGGCCGCGUUCUUCAAGCCGGAGACGAUCCAACGCGCGUCUGUCGCGGCGGCGCCGAUGGCGGAGUGGGUCAAGGCGAUGCUGGAGUACUCGACGAUUAUGGAGCGGAUUGCGCCGCUGACGCAGCAGCUGGAGCAGCUGGAGAGCAACCAGAGGGAGGGCGCGGCGAAGCUGGAGCACCUGCAGAAGAAGCUGAAGAAGAUCGACGUGAAGGUGAAGGAGCUGCGCGAGGGCUUCUCAGAGAAGUGCAAGGAGGCGGAGCGGCUGCGGGCGAAGCUGAAGGCCGCGGAGGAGGAGCUUGGCAAGGCGAAGGAGCUGCUGGACAAGCUGAGCGGCGAGAAGGAUCGCUGGGCUGGAGAGGUGAGGUCGAUUGGAGAGGCGAACGACUCCAUGCCGAAGCGCGCCCUCGCUGCGGCGGGCUUCUUGACGUACCUCGGUCAGGAGACGGAGAGUGGCCGGCGCCGCUACCUCAAGACGUGGUGCGACCGCCUGAACCUUACGGAGGUGGUGGAUGUGACACGCUUCUUGCGCACGGAGGGCGAGCUGCUGCAGUGGAAGUCGGAGGGGCUGCCAGCGGAUGACCUGAGCUUGGAGAACGCGGUGGUGAUGCUGGACACGGAGCAGACGCCGCUGAUUGUCGACCCAGCGAGCAAGGCGGUGGAAUGGGUGAAGGAGCACCUAAAGGCGGCGAACGUGGUGGUCGAAGUCAUCUCCAUGCACGACGAGCGUUUCACUCACACCCUGGAGCUGGCCAUUCGCUUUGGCAAGACGCUGCUCGUGACGGAGGUGAGCACCAUUGCACCGUUGCUGUACACCGUGCUGCGCCACGACCUCACCUCGGCCGGCUCGAAGCGGGUGGUGCAGGUGGGCAACAAGGCCGUGGAGUGGCAGGACAGCUUCCGCAUUCUUCUCUUCUCGCGGCAGUCGGCGGUGAACCUCUCACCGAGCGCCGCGGCGCUCGUGGCGGAGGUGAACUUCUCGGUGACCAGUCUUGGGCUGGAGGGGCAGCUGCUCGGCGUGACGCUGCAGCGCGAGCGCCCCGAGCUGGAGAAGCAGAAGGUCGAGCUACUCAAGAAGGAAGAGGGACUGCAGCUCGAGCUGAACAAGCUAGAGCAGCGCCUCCUGGACGACCUGGCGGACUCGCAAGGUAGCUUGCUGGAGAACACGCAACUGAUCAAGUCGCUGAACGAGGUGAAGGUUCAGGCAUCGCACAUUGAGGAGUCAUUGAAGAUGUCGCGCGACCUGCAGACGGAGUUGGAUGAGAAACGAGAAGUCUACCGACCAUUCGCCCACCACGGCGCGACGCUAUUCUUUGUCAUUCAGGACAUGGAGGCGCUCAACCACAUGUACCAGUUUGGCAUCACCGACUAUAUUGCCCUCUUCACGCAGGCGUUGACGACCUACAAGGGCAGCAACAACGCAGCUGAAAAGGUCCAGGUGCUCGUGGCCAGCUUUACGAAGACGUGCUUCCACAACGUGGCGCGCGGGCUUCUCAAGAAGGACCGCCUUGUCUUUGGCCUCCACAUCUUGCACGUUUUGUGGCCGUCCGCCUUUCCGCAGGAUUUAUGGGAUGCUCUCGUCGGCACCAUCACCAACGUGACGGCCGUCGACGACUCGCAGCUGCCGCCGUGGGCGCCGGUGUCGAGCAAGAUCAAGUACGCCGGCAUCCUCUCCAGCAGCACCGGCAAACUGCUCGUGGAGAAGUGGGAGGUGCGACAGACGCAGAAGUGGACCACUGUCAUGCAGUCCCCAGCGCCGGAGCAGGCCCUGCUGGGUGAAGCAAGAGCAGAGCAGCCACGUGCGGCGGGCUUUUCUGACAUGGAGCAGCUGCUCUGGAUCAACACGUUUCGACCCGAUCGAAUGGCCGCGGCGUCGCUGCAGAUCGUCCUGCGCAAACUGGGGCUCCCGUCGCUCGCUCCGGUGGUGUCCUUGGAGGAAACCAUUCUGGGCACCCGCUGCAGCUCUCCGGUUCUCUUGGUCACCUCCAGCGGCGCGGACCCAAGCGUGGAGAUACAGGAUGUCGCGAACCACCUCGUCGGCAAAGAGCGCUUUGUGCAGAUUGCCCUCGGUGGCGGACAGACCGACGCCGCGCUCCAGCAGGUGCGCCGCUGUGCCGCGCAGGGUGACUGGCUGCUCCUCAAGAACCUCCACCUGGUGCUCAGCUGGGCGUCGGUGCUGGAAAACGAGUUGUGCUCGAUGCCGGAGCCGAACUCCGACUUCCGCCUCAUCAUCACCACGGAGCAGCACGACCUGUUCCCGAGUGUGCUGCUGCGCAUGUCCAACAAGGUCGCCGUGGAGGCCCCGCCCGGUGUGAAGCAGAAUGUGUUGCGCACCUACGGUCUGUGGGACAAGGCGUUCUUGUCCGCGCAGACGCCCAUCGGGGCGCGCCUGCUCCUCGGCCUGGCGUGGUUUCACGCGGUGGUGCAGGAGCGCCGCACCUACGUCCCACAAGGGUGGUCGAAGUUCUACGAGUUCUCCCCGGCAGACUUGAAGGCGGCCACCGACGUCCUGACGACGCUGACAAAGCAGCCCGUGCUGGAUUGGGUCACCCUCAUCGGGUUCCUCGAGAACUGCCUGUACGGCGGUCGCCUGGAGAGCCCGGCUGACGAGAUGGUGCUCCAGCUGCUAAUUCGCAACUACUUCAACGAAAAGGUUCUGCUUCAGGACCAGGUGCAGCUCUUCCCGGGCCUCACGGCGGCCACGGCCGGACAGCACGACAACGUGGUGCAGUUGUUCCAAAGCAAACUCCCCGACGUCGACCCGCCCGCGCUGCUCUGCCUGUGCAACAACGCCGACCGCACGGUGCAGGAGGAGGUGGCGCACAGCAUGCGUGAGUCACUGCGCGAGCUCGGCAAAGAGGAACAUACGGCGCAGACAAGCGGGGAGCAGUGGCGGGGGCGACUGAACCCGGUGCUGGAGGUGUGGCGCAGCAGCGGGGUGGCUGCGGUGGGCGUGCCGCCGCUGGUGUCCAGUCAGAACAACGGCGACCCGACCCCAAUGGAGGUGUUCUUCAUCAGCGAAGUGAAUUUGCUGGGUGCCAUCAUCAAGGACGUGAGGGCGUACUUCGCGACGCUACAGGCGGUUGCGGACGGCACCAUCAUCCCCGACGUCGAGCUGCGUGCGGAGGCGACGGAGCUGAUGAGCGGCCGAAUGCCGAGUCGCUGGCUCGAUCGCAUGGACGGCCCGCACGAGUCGAAGAUGUGGUUGGCGCUGCUCACCCGCAAGUAUAACACGACCAGCGCGAAUUUGAAGCAGCCGCUGAGCCAGUCGGCCCUCUACGACCUGUCGGCCCUGCUCCGCCCGCAAACCUUCUUCAACGCGCUGCGCCAGCACACCGCGCGUGUCAGCCGGUCUCCUCUGGUGGACCUCGUCCUUGUUGCUGCGAUGGGGGGCGUGUCGCAGGCUUCGGUCACGGUGAAGAUCGCCGCAUCGAGUCUGCAGAUUCAAGGUGCGGGCAUCACGCCCGAUGGUCGUCUGACGUCUGUCCAGGCCAACUCGCCCUCGUCGAUUCCGCUGCCGGACAACAUCACGGUGGGCUGGGUGGACGCCGGCAAGAUCGACGCAGCGAAGAGCAGAGCGACGAUUCCCGUCUACGCGGAUGCGGAGCGGCAGACGUCGAUUUUUCCUCUGCAGAUUCAAUGCGGGAGUGAGGCGGAGAUCGUCAAGGCGGCCCUCAACAGCGUGGCGUGCUACCUGGUGAAUCUUUGA